AUGAGCGUCAGCCGCCGCAGGGGAGCAGCCGACCAGGGCUCCCGCCAGGGGCCCACCGGGAUCCUCCAGGACCACCGGGACCCUCCAGGACCACCGGGACCCUCCAGGACCACCGGGACCCUCCAGGACCACCGGGACCCCAGGACCACCGGGACCCUCCAGGCCCACCGGGACCCUCCAGGACCACCGGGACCCUCCAGGACCUGGGCCCCCGGAGGCCGCCGCCCAGGCCCGCGGGGCGCGCACCAGCAGAGGCGGGGGUCAACUCGGCCCCCGCGCCGGACCCGGGGCCCCCAAAACCAGCCAGCCCCCCGCGCCAGCCAGAGCGGUUUCCCCACUGCUAACUCCUGCUUCCUGCGCCCGGCUGCCACCCCGGCUGAGGCGCCCACGCGGGCACCGCGCUGCCCAGGCCUCUUCCCACCGGCCCCGCUGGACGCAACCACGGCGCAGCCCCGCUCGGCGUUCCCGGGCCCACAACACCUUCUCGGGCAAGGCAACACGGCGGGCCACCGGCGGGAGCGCCCCCGGGCGUGCGGGCGCACCGGGCGGCCCCGGGCACGCGGCUCCCUCGUCCCCGAGCCCCGCACGCUGCCCGCCCGGCCCACCCACAGGCCCCCGCCGGCGGACGGCCAGGCCUCCCGCCGCCGCUGCCCACCUGAGGCGGAGAGGGAGCGGGAAGCUGCUGCUACAGCCGCGUCAACACCCGGCCGCGUCGCAGCUGCCCCGGGCACCGCCGGCUCGGUUCCCCGCCCGCCGCCCCGCAGCCAAUGGGCGCCCACCCCUUCCGCCGCGGCCAAUGAGAAGGCGGCAAGCGCCCCGGGGCGGGGCGGGCCCAGCGCCUGCCCCGCCCCCGCCGACGGCGCGUCGGAGGACCGGGCGGGGCGAGGUUGGCCGAGCCACGUGUGUCUGCUGCGAUUGGCUGGCCCGGCAGCGUGCGGCGCGCUGAUUGGCCGCCGGGAAAUGGCGCGACCCGGCGCGUGA